UUUUUAUUUUUCCUUUCGUUCUUUUUAUUUUUCUCAUCUUUGACUGGUUGUACUUUUACAGACUCUCUCUCUCUUUCUCUCUGAGACUUCUCUCUCCUCUGUCUCCUCCGUCCCGUUCGUCCAGUAGCGUCCGUGUCCCGCCGGAAUUUCUCUCUUAUACCCACUCGCAGCCUCAAAACCACCCGUACUCGCCGGGAAACUGCUCUUUUCCAACUCCGGAACCCGUGUUCGCCAGUCCAAGCUAGUCCACGAGGUGAAGGCUGUGCUUGCUUUGACUUUGGAAAUGUCAACGGAGGCGCUAGGGCUUUGGCUCCGGAGGAGAGUCGCGGAUCUGCGGUGAAGUUGUGUGAUGUGAGCGGCGGGGAGUUGAUGGUAGUUUACGGACGAGGCAGGGGUUGCCUAUGAUGACCGGAGCUCCGGCUAGCGAUCAGAGAGGGUGGUGGCAUUUUGGUAAAUCUCUCACAUGGAAUGGCCGAUCUUGUUAGCUACGGGAAUGCAGACCGUGACAUCGAGCAGGCAUUAAUUGCUUUGAAGAAGGGUUCUCCAUUGAUCAAAUAUGGUCGUAAGGGAAAGCCUAAGUUUUGUCCAUUUAGAUUGUCGAAUGAUGAAUCAUCUUUAAUUUGGAUUUCAGGUAGUGAAGAAAGAAGUUUGAAGUUAGCUUCUGUCUCAAGAAUUAUUCCUGGACAAAGAACAGCUGUUUUUCAAAGGUAUCUGUGUCCUGAAAAGGACUAUUUAUCGUUUUCUCUCAUAUAUAACAACGGAAAGCGGUCCCUUGAUCUGAUUUGCAAGGAUAAAGUUGAGGCGGAGGUGUGGAUUGCAGGUAUCAAAGCAUUAAUACCCUCUGGUCAAGGUGGGCGCUCCAAAAUUGAUGGACGGGGUGAUGGAGGCCUCUAUCUUGAUGACAGUGCAGAGUUAACAUCAAAUAGUGCGAGUGAUAGUUCAUUUAGUGCUACUCGAGACAUUAGCUCACCUGAGAUUUCUGUUACUUUGAACCCAAAUACUUCUCCAAAGAGCUUUCAGCCUGAUAACUCUGUGCAUUCUGAAAGGUCACAUGCAUCAGAGGAGACAAAUAUGCAGGUAAAAGGAUCUGGUUCAGAUGCUUUUCGAGUUAGUGUUUCCAGCGCACCUAGCACUUCCAGUCAUGGCUCUGCACCGGAUGAUUGUGACGCUUUAGGGGAUGUAUAUAUAUGGGGUGAGGUUAUUUGCGAUAAUGUUGUAAAGGUUGGAGCUGACAGCAGUGCUAAUUAUUGGACCCCAAGAGUAGAUGUACUUCUUCCCAGGUCAUUAGAGUCCAAUGUAGUUUUGGAUGUACAUUAUAUAGCCUGUGGAGUCAGGCAUGCCGCCCUUGUUACAAGGCAAGGUGAAAUUUUUACCUGGGGUGAAGAGUCUGGAGGACGGCUUGGGCAUGGUGUUGGAAAGGAUGUUAGUCAACCUCGUCUAGUUGAAACUUUGGCAGCUCUUAGUGUUGAUUUUGUGGCCUGUGGGGAGUUCCAUACUUGUGCUGUUACAAUGGCCGGGGAACUUUAUACAUGGGGAGAUGGUACACAUAAUGCUGGGCUUCUUGGACAUGGCAAUGAUGUCAGUCAUUGGAUACCCAAGAGAAUCUCUGGUCCUCUUGAGGGACUUCAAGUAGCUUCAGUUACUUGUGGUCCAUGGCAUACUGCCUUGGUAACAUCAACAGGGCGGCUUUUUACCUUUGGUGAUGGAACAUUUGGUGUCUUGGGCCAUGGAGAUAGGGAAAGUGUUUGUUACCCAAGAGAAGUAGACUCUCUCUCUGGGUUGAGGACGAUUGCUGUUGCAUGUGGGGUGUGGCAUACUGCUGCUGUGGUGGAGGUAAUUAUGGCACAGUCUAGUGCAAGUGCUUCAUCUGGUAAAUUGUUUACUUGGGGUGAUGGAGAUAAAAAUCGUCUUGGUCAUGGAGACAAGGAAGCUCGGCUUAAACCUACAUGUGUGCCAGCACUUAUUGAUUACAAUUUUCACAAAAUUGCUUGUGGACACAGUUUAACUAUUGGCCUCACCACAUCAGGACAAGUUUUUGCAAUGGGGAGUACUGUUUAUGGUCAACUUGGGAAUCCCCAUUCUGAUGGAAAGCUACCUUGCUUGGUUGAAGGCAAGCUUGUUGGUGAAUCUGUUGAAGAAAUUGCAUGUGGUGCAUAUCAUGUGGCAGUAUUAACUUCCAGGAAUGAGGUUUAUACAUGGGGAAAGGGUGCUAAUGGGAGGUUAGGCCAAGGGGAUGUUGAAGAUCGAAAAACACCGACUCUGGUAGAAGCUUUGAAGGACAGACAUGUAAAAUAUAUUGCUUGUGGUUCAAACUACACAGCAUCUAUUUGUCUUCAUAAAUGGGUUUCUGGUGCUGAGCAGUCACAGUGCUCUGCUUGUAGACAGGCUUUUGGGUUUACUAGAAAGAGACACAACUGCUAUAAUUGUGGACUUGUACACUGCCAUUCUUGCAGUUCUAGAAAAGCAUUAAGAGCAGCACUGGCUCCUAAUCCGGGAAAGCCGUAUCGUGUUUGUGAUUCUUGUUAUGCAAAAUUGAACAAGGUGUCAGAAUCUAGUAGUACUAACCGGAGGAAUGCUAUUCCUCGCUUGUCGGGUGAAAACAAGGAUAGGUUAGACAAAGCUGAUAUAAGAUUGUCCAAGUCAGUGCCUUCUAAUAUGGAUUUGAUAAAGCAGUUAGAUAGCAAAGCAGCCAAGCAAGGGAAGAAGGCUGACACAUUCUCCUUAGUUCGCUCCUCUCAAGCACCUUCUUUGCUGCAGCUGAGAGAUGUUGUUCUUUCUAGUGCUGCUGAUCUGCGACGAACAGUUCCUAGACCGGCUCUCACACCAUCUGGAGUGAGUUCUAGGUCUGUGUCUCCUUUCUCUAGGAGACCUAGCCCCCCGCGUUCUGCUACACCUGUUCCUACCACCUCGGGACUUUCCUUCUCCAAAAGUAUCACUGAUGGUUUGAAGAAAACGAAUGAGCUACUGAAUCAAGAAGUGCUUAAGCUACGUACACAGGUGGAGAGCCUGAGACAGAGAUAUGAACUCCAAGAACUAGAGCUUCAGAAAUCAGCGAAAAAGGCUCAAGAGGCUAUGGCACUCGCUGCAGAGGAAUCUACUAAAUCAAAAGCUGCGAAGGAAGUUAUAAAGUCACUUACUGCACAGCUUAAAGAUAUGGCUGAGAGGCUGCCACCCGGUGUUUAUGACCCUGAGAGCAUGAGGCCUGCUUACCUACCAAAUGGUCUAGAGACAAAUGGCAUUCACGAUCCAGACACACAUGGAGAGCGCCAUUCAAGAUCUGAUUCAAGCAUCAGCUCUUACUUGGCUUCUACCCCGGGAAUUGACUCUGUUGCAAUAAAUGGAACUCACGGCCCAAUUCCUUUGCCAAGGGAUCUGUCUGGAACCAAUGAAACUGACAUAUACCAACAAAACCGGGGGCUUACGAACUCCAAUGGGACGGAUGAAAAUACAGAUAUUAGGCUUUCAAAUGGUGGGGGGGUUCAGCAAUGUAUCAGUAGUGUGUCGGAGCCAGUUGAUGGAAGGGAAUCUGGGCCUUUCCAAGAUGGUGAGAAUGGUAUGAAAUCAAGGAAUUCUGCACUGGCUGGUAACAACAAUCAAGUUGAGGCAGAAUGGAUAGAGCAGUACGAGCCUGGUGUAUAUAUAACCCUUGUGGCCCUGCGAGACGGAACUAGAGAUCUCAAACGAGUUCGCUUCAGCCGGAGACGUUUUGGAGAGCACCAAGCUGAAACUUGGUGGUCAGAGAAUCGUGAAAAGGUGUACGAGAGGUACAAUGUUCGUGGGUCAGACAAAUCGUCAGUUUCUGGCCAGGCUGCACGCAGAUCAGAGGGAGCUGUUUCACCAGCUUCCCAACCUUAGUGAUACACAUUUUGCAUCGGUAAUUGAUGAUGAUUUUGAAGCAAAAACCACUUUCUUUUUUCCUCUCUAUUCUAUUCUUUCCUUUUCUUUUUUUAGGUUCUUUCUUUACCAUCAUCCCCCAAACCCCCCCCACCCCCCCCCUCCUUUUUUUUUUUUUAAGAAUUAUUUUGUUCUGUCCAAUUAAAUUUCUGGGUAUCUUCCUUCACAUAUCUGUUGUAAUGUAGUGUAUAUAGCAUAAUCAAUUGCGAGAUAAUCUUGGCCAAAGAAAGUUUUUGUC